UCAGAGUCACGUCAAAAUUAUGUCAACUCAUACUAAACAUUACUGUUAAUCGUUUUUGGGUACAAAAUAAAACAAAAUUGCAGACACUUAUCUAUAUUAAACCAGCAUUAGCAUCAGAGAAGAUAGUUGCAUAUUGUUUUCGUUAAAUCAGAUUGAAUUGCACAAUAUUUUUUAACAACUGCUGAAUUGAAAACAUGGCUCACAUGCCUUACAAAAUGAGUUAUAACUUCGAAGGCGAAUGUCGAAGAAGGCCUGAGCAAAAUCUUUCAGGUGCAAGUAAAAAUGAGAGUCGAGAUACUCUACUACAAAGAGCACAUCAAGAAAGACAAAAAAGACAGGAACAACGUUUGAAGUUGAAAAGUACCCUCAUUCUUCAGUCUUAUAUUAGGAGUUAUUUAGUACGUAAACAUAAAAAACAGGAAGAAAGAAUAAAUUUUCAUCAGAGUGAAAGUGUUCUGAAUAUCAAACCUUUAUUGGGGAGGCUAUUAUUCUUCUACAAUUCUAAAAUUGAUAGUGACUGUUUGGUCAAAGCAUGCCAGAUAUUGCUAGAUCAACAUUUACAAUUAGUACAACAAAUGGAUGCUGAUAAUUCAUUAAAUUGGUCAAUAAAAAGGACAUUGGCUUUAUGUAUAAAAGAAAUGGAUGAUAACCCAUUAACAGAUCUAUUUUUACAUUUUAUAGAUACCUAUACUGCAAAUACAAAUUCUGUAUCAAAGAUUGACAUAUGGCCUUACUUAAUUAGUAAAGGUUACUUUACUAAACUAAGAUAUCUGUUGGAAUGCAGAACAGAGCAAUUAGAAAUUAUUUUGAAGCUAAUUCAUCGACCACUCCUAUAUGUAAAUUCUCUACCAUCUCAAAAACAAUCAGAAGACAUUUGGUCUAUGUUUUGUAACAGUUUCUUAUCUGCCACAAUUACAACACAAAUAAAAGAUAUUCUUAUUCCAUAUUUGAAAAGUGUAAACUUUCCAUAUGAUGAUUUUGUUAAAUUUCUUUAUGGAAGUCAGCGCUGUAAUAUGGGAAAUGCACUACUUUAUUGCUUCUUAGUUCUUGAGUCUCCUGGUUUUGAGCCAACAAAGAAGAGUAUAAAGGUAUUGUCACUUCUUAGUGCAAACUUGCAUCAACUUGCACCUAAAGAAAAUUACAAUAUGGACUAUGAUAGUGAUGAAGAAGAUGAAAUUAUGGAGAUUUCAGAUGAACCAAUUACUUUGCAAGAUUACAUUCACCUUUUAAAUAAUUCAGACAGAGUGAGAAAGAUUUAUACGUAUUUUGAAGACCAUGUAAAUGAUGAGGAAGUAAUACUUUCUCUGACAAACUUGUCGCAAGAUCUUCUGCUAUUUUGUAAAGAUGCUAUUAAGAAAUUUGCUCUUGUUUUUAUGUUGGCCUUGAAAGGUACAUUUUUAAACAUACUGUGGCAAUGGAUUAAGACAAAUCAGUCAGCAGUUUAUCAGUCAAGCAAUGGACUUUUAGAUUUCUGGAAAGACAUACAUACUGCAAUAUCUGUAUUUUGUAGCAUGUUUAUUGUAUAUACAGAUACAUUACUAGAUACUGAAACAUCAGAUACAUGUGGUAUUUUUAAUUCAUCAGACUUAUGUUGUAUGUCAGAGAUGCUCAAAAAUAUGUCAAUUACAUUAAUUGAAAUGGCAUAUCCAUUAUGUAGAACUACAGGAAACAUAUCACCAGCAAUUCUUCAUCUCUAUAAUACAUGUUUAAGCUCAGNUAAACAUGAUUUUUAUAUUACAGAAGAAAAUCAACCACCGUUGUUAACAAUUGAACAGCGAUCUUUAGCAUUUUUACAAACACUACCAUUUCUGGUAGAAUUUAACAACAGAGUUUUGCUUUUGAAUUAUCUCUGUUUAAAUAAUUUACGGGAGGAUAUGAGAUUACAACGUGAAUUUUUAUCAGAAACCCCAAUUGUCAUAAGGCGGGCCUAUUUGUACGAAGAUGCCUUUGAAAAACUAUCAAGAGAAAACGAAUCAGAUUUAAGACACAAGAUAAGAAUCCAAUUCAUCAAUAAUGUAGGACUUGAAGAAGCUGGAAUAGAUGGUGGUGGAAUUUUUAAAGAGUUCAUUAACGAAGUUUUAAAAACCGCAUUUGAUCCAAAUCGAGGAUUCUUCCUACUAACAAAUGACAAUACGUUGUAUCCAAAUCCAAAUGUUCAUUUAAUUGUUGAAAACUUCGAAGAACAUUACUAUUUCAUAGGGAGGCUUGUGGGAAAAGCAAUUUUUGAAAAUAUUUUGGUGGAUUUACCGUUGGCCGAAUUCUUUCUAGCGAAAAUUUUGGUCGACAAAGCGAGUGCUCAUUAUUUAAAAUCAUUGGAUCUUGUGCUCUAUAGGAAUUUACUAUAUUUAAAAGAUUUUACGGGAGACGUUCAAGAUCUUGGUUUAGAUUUCACUACUAUAAAUAGCGAUUUAGGGGAAACCAAGAUGAUAGAACUUAAGCCUAACGGUCGAAACAUUCCAGUAACUAAUUACAACAGAUUAGAAUACAUCCAUAGACUUGCUGAUUAUAAACUUAAUACUCAAAUUAAAAAACAAUGUGCCGCAUUCCGAGCAGGAUUAAACAGUGUUGUUCCCUUGUUAUGGUUGAGAUUAUUUGACCAUUAUGAACUUCAAACUAUUAUUAGUGGAAAUAAUCAAGAAAUUGACGUAAAUGAUCUCAGGACUCACACUUCUUAUGGAGGUGAAUUUACUAAAGAUCAUCCAACAAUUGUUAUGUUUUGGAGAAUUCUACACAACUUCUCUGAUACACAAAAAAGACAAUUAUUGAAAUUUGUAACAAGCUGCUCAAGACCACCACUACUUGGUUUUAAAGAACUAAAUCCACAAUUUUGUAUUCAGUCCUCUGAAGAAGAUCGAAUGCCAACUGCUAGUACAUGUUUAAAUCUUUUGAAACUUCCAAUUAUUAGAGAUGAAGAAACUUUAACUGCAAAAGUUUUAGCAGCUAUUGAACAACAGGCUGGUUUUGAAUUAUCUUAAUUUAUUAUGUUUUUCAAUUUUGUUGACUAUAACUUCUCAUUUUACUGUUUUAUUCA